AUGCACUACUUGAUCGCAAUUCUUGUAUUGUCGGCUCAAUUCGGUCGUGCAGAAUCAACGUCUACGCAAGUGCCGGAGCAUUAUCUGAUCACCGACUACAUCCUUUCUCGUUACAACAAAGGUCUGAUCCCGAAACGACUUCAGAAUGAAUCCAUAAAGGUGUCCUUUUCAAUGGAGCUCUAUCAAAUUAUUCAAGUGAACGAGCCACAACAAUUCCUUAUGCUCAACGCAUGGAUUGUCGAGCGAUGGGUGGAUAACCUACUCGGUUGGGAUCCGGAGGAUUUUUCAAACGUUACCGAGAUUAUGAUCCCGUUCGAUCAGAUUUGGAUCCCUGAUACGACACUUUACAAUUCACUUGUUAUGGAUGAUGAUGAUACACGGCGUCUGCUAAACGCCAAGCUAACCACCCGAGGAAAAGAAAAAGGAGCACUUGUGGAACUACUCUAUCCAACAAUCUACAAACUUAGUUGCCUCCUUGAUUUGAGGUUCUUCCCAUUUGAUGUACAGACUUGUAAAUUAACUUUUGGCAGUUGGACAUUUGAUAAUACCUUAAUCGAUUACUAUCCUCAUAACGUCACUCAUGCGAUUGGCACUGCUAAUUGCAUUGAUAAUGAGGGAUGGAACGUUCUCAAGACCUCGGUUCAUCGCCUUGUAAAUCACUACGCUUGUUGUCCGAACAAUUAUACUUUGUUGGAGUUUCAUCUGGAUAUUCAAAGGAAACCCUUAUAUUAUGUGAUCAAUCUUAUCACACCUACCUCAAUUAUUACACUCAUUUCUAUUGUUGGAUUCUUCAGUUCAUCAUCCAUAAAUGAGUUGAGAGAAGAGAAGAUUACACUCGGGAUUACAACACUAUUAUCGAUGUCAAUUUUAAUCUUUAUGGUAUCCGAUAAAAUGCCAUCUACGUCUUCAUUCAUUCCUCUGAUUGGAUGGUUCUAUACAAGUAUGAUUUUGUUGAUUUCUUUAUCAACGUUGGCUGCAUCCAUUGUUAUAUAUAUUCAGAAACAAGGUAUGCUGGGAAAACCACCUGCUCGUAAAAUUAUGCGAUGGGCACGUUUUGUGGCACGAAUCGUACGAAUGGAGAUGCCGCUCCUUAUGAAACAAGCAUAUGCUCAAAAAGCAAGGGAAGAGAAACUGAGAAGAGCCCAAGAUGGGCGAAAACAGAGUCUCUGGCAGCGGGUCUACAAAGUAGCACGGGAACAAGCACAACAGCGUAAGACCUCAGGUUCUUCCGCAAAAAUCAACGGGGUAGCGCCGUCACCGGAUGUGCAACGGUUACAAGUGCCGAAGAAAAGUUGCACGAUAAGCACAGAUGUCACAUGCAUCACUGAGCCAUGCGAUACAACUGGAUUGGUGGAAUUCUCAAAUAUGUCAGAUGAGGAGAAUUCCUCUUUUCCGGACAUUGACUACACAGCACCACCACCACCGGUUUCGAAAUUUCAAUGCUUACAAAAAAUGAGCACUUGUGCUUCAUUGGAUAGUAUGAUCCGAAAUGUUGACAUUAUUUCACCACGAACAAUGCAGAGAAAUAUGGCUGAACUCGAGUACGACUGGUUGGCGGCCGUUGUAGAAAGGAUAUUUUUAAUAUUUUUUAUCAUUGUUUUCUUGUUGACAGCGGUUGGAAUCAACUGUAUUGGUUUAUUUUAUUGGUGGACAGCGUAUGAUUACACUGUUUGA